AUGAGUGUAAUGAAAAAUUAUAACCAUCACAGCAUUGCUGGACCUAUGUCUGAUGCUGUUGCUGUGAACGACAUACCUGUUGACUUUAAAUCGACUCUACCACCAAGAAAAAGAGCAAAGACUAAAGAAGAAAAGGAGCAAAGACGUAUCGAGCGCAUACUGAGAAAUCGUCGUGCUGCGCAUCAGAGUCGCGAGAAAAAGAGGCUGCAUUUGCAGCAUCUGGAACGUAAAGCGGCUCUGCUGGAAGAGAUCUUGGCGUCACCUCAUGUGGCAAAGCUGGUGAAGAGCGACAAGUCUUUGAGUGGCAUGUACGAUGAGUACCAGUUGAUGGCCACGUCACAAGGUGAAGACGAUUCUGUGCUGGUGGGUCAUGAGAGUCCAGACAGCGCAAUUUUGGAUAGCCAGAGAACACCUGAGUCUCUGUUACUGUCAGCGUCGUCUUCAAAACUCACCCCUCGUACAAAUUCGGCUGUAUCAUCACCAUUGCACGUUAAGGAAGAAUAUGAUGAUAAUAUCGAAGACAAACAGUCGGCACAGUUUCUUCUGGAACCGGUUCUAGACAAUACGGCUGCUUCGGGUGUUUCAUUCGACGCUCUUCUGACCAACAAUAUCGAGAACCCUCAAACUCCAAUUUUGGACACUUUUGAUUCUGCUGCGGCAAAUACCACUACAACCACCGCAACCAAUUGGAAUAUGCUGCUGACCGACGACCGCGCCGAGCUCAUGGCAUAUUCCCAUGACGAAGUAGAAUUCCCCGUCCUAGACAUGACUGAUAACUCCUGGGGCCUUGACCCAUUGCGUAAUCCAGCCGUGAUUAAGCUAAUAAUAUGA